GUCUGCAUCUUUUCUUCUUCGUUUUUUUAUUUUUUAUUUUUUUUGCUGCCUCGUCACUCCCCCCUCCUCCUCCCUCCUGCACCGGGUCCAUCCUUUAAGAAGCUGCCCAAGCCGCCUGUCGUGGUUCAAACGUGGAGGGAAGGACACGCGGAGGGACGCUCGUAACUGAGCGCGCGGCUCCAUUGUUUUACUCAGAUUUACGGCUGGUUCUGGUUCUGGUAUUCUGCUCACGUUAGAUAGUCCGGACGGGAGGAGCUGCUUGUAUCUUCGGGAGACUGUUUUUGGAGGAGCGGAGACCACGGUCAGAGAAAGAAAGAGAAAUAAGGUCAUUAACGUGUGAGAGCAAAAAGCCACUGAGGAGGACAAGUGUGACCCUCCAGACCAGUCAGACAGAAGUAAAUUGAUUUCCACACUUCAGGAGUGGGAUGAAGCCGGAUGGGGUUACUAUGGAGACCACAGAGCCUACUGAAGAUGCUGCACCGGUGGAGUCAUCCUCCUUACAGGMGAAUGUAACUGAGGAGGCUCCAUUUCAGCCCACAGUUGAAACUGAGGCUGCUCCRAAGGCCAAAGCUAAGCCCCCAGCAGCAGAGCCUAAAGUCAAAUCAAAAGAGGGUGGAAGUAAAGCUCGGUCCACGGCUCCUGGAUGCAGCUCACGAGUAGAAACUGCCUCGCACCGCACAGCGAACGAUGUCAGAUCCUCUGCUACUGCCCCCGGAGGCAGGAAGGUGACGACGACUGCAUCAAAAGCCCCAGCAGCAGGAGCUGUACCCAAACGACCGGCGAGUGCAGCAGCUGCUUCCUCCACAGCUAGGAACCAAACUAGAGGGCUUGAUAAGAGGCCCGUUGGACCUGCCAAGACUAYGUCUUUGACCAGCACCACAGUAACAAAUGGUACCAGACCAAAAACAAUGAAUGGCCCUUCUAAGAGACCAGCAGCUGAGGCUGCUAAUGGCGCUAGACCCAAAACCACAACUACAAUAAACAAACCUGCAAGUUCCACCGCUCUGAAAUCCAGCACUUCAACAACACGACCUGCUGCUGCACCUUCUAAAGCCACGAGGCCUGCUGCAGUUCCUUCAACAUCCCGAGCAACAGCAACAAAGUCUUCCACCACAGCAAGUGCAAAACCUGCUGCUUCUCGAGUCRCCACAGCACCGCCUGCUGGAAGGACCCUUGCAACACAAAUGCCUAAAACUGCUGCUGCCAAGAAAGAUGUUAGUCGACCAGCCUCUGCUGCUGUGGCCAAGAAGCCCACAACAGACACAGCACCGCUUGCUACCAAAAAACACGAACCCUCUAAACCUACCAUGAAACUCAUCUCUGCUCCCAAAGGCUCCACCACAACCAAGGCUGCUGAUGCCAAGGUGUUCCCGUCCAAACCUCCGCAUCCAGCAAAACCCAACUCGACGAAGAGACCUGCAGCUGCUGCGCGGCUCCCUCUGACAAACAAACCUCCUCUGGGCCAAACGCCACCGGCCUCUCCGGUCAGCAAAACUUUAAGCCAUAGCUCCCCUGCAAAAAAACAUGGAAUCAAGCCCACUCAAACUGUCCAACCUUUCUGGUGUGCAAAGAAGAAAAAUGCUGCGGUACCUGCUGCAGACGCACAGGACACAGGUAGUUCUGCUGAAGUACCUGCUGCAGACGCACAGGACACAGGUAGUUCUGCUGAAGUACCUGCUGCAGACGCACAGGACACAGGUAGUUCUGCUGAAGUACCUGCUGCAGACGCACAGGACACAGGUAGUUCUGCUGAAGUACCUGCUGCAGACGCACAGGACACAGGUAGUUCUGCUGAAGUACCUGCUGCAGAAGCACAGGACACAGCUAGUUCUGUUGAAGCUGCUGUAACUGAAGCAGAAGCUCCUGCAGAGGCUGCAGUGACCUUACAGCAAGAAAUAUCUAAUGUUGCCUCUGCAGUGGAGGAGGUCCCCACCCAUGAUUCAGACCACCAUCCUGCAGCAGAGAUGGAACCAGAAGAGAAAGCAGCACCCUGUUCUUCACAAAGUCCUGUCAGAACCACGCCACCAGCAUCUGUUAGCGUGGAACUGUUCGAAAAGUGUCCUACAUCAGGAACUUUGCAAGAGCCGGUCUCCUCCCCGGCCAGGCCUUCAUCACCCCCCGUGUCUGACCUGCCUCAASAAAACAUCGACUUAAAAGCAGACGACACUCUUUCCAGAUCUACAGCCRUCCCAGCAGCGGCUAACUCAGUCCCUCAGCUGGUUCCUCCUGCUGAUCUGAAUGAGGAGGAGGAGGAUGAAGAACGGGAAGGAAGCCAGCUGGUUUCUGUGUCUGAAAUGAGUGGAACCACUCAGCCCACAGAGGACUCCCGCCCUGGGUCAGGUGGACCAGUGGCGGGCUCCGCCUGGAGAGCUGGUGGCGCCUUGCUUUCGGAGCUGGACUCGGAGGAGGUGAGCGGCAGCCAGCAGGGGGCCUCAGAGCUGAGCGCCCCCGGUGUCCUGGAGGGCACAGAGAGCACAGAUGAUCUGGGAGACGGCAGUCUGAAAGGAGCCAUGGACAUGGAAGGAGCCUCUGCAGGUUCUCCUGACUUUGAGAGAGUUCCUGACAUACCCGUCAAUGACUUUGACGACGAUGAGGAUGAAGAUGAGGACGAUAGCGACCGGGUGUGUGACAUGGAUGUGGGCUCGGAGCGGACAGACGAGCAGCAGAGACCCAGACAUGACAAUGAUGUCAACGAGGAGGAGGAAGAGGAGGAUGACGAUGAUGUGGAGAUGGCUAGUGAGGGAGUCACUGAGAGUGGGCUUGAAAGUUAUGGGAAUGCAGAUGAGGAUGACUUUGCUGAAGAUGAGAGGCUGGACAACUUGAACAGGGUGGCCCAGCCGCCCCCUCCUCCACCUGUGCUGCCRUCCGCCCCGGCUGCUCAGUGGGAACAACCAAACCCUUUUGCAGAACCUUUUCUGGUUCUGGACACCACACAUGCUGCAGCUGCAACGAGCCCUUUGACCGACCCCAUGCAAGCAGACUCUGAGACCCCGACUCAAACCCCGGCCCAGGACUGGCAGGAGCAGGAACCUGCGCCUUCUGGUCCUAACAUGCAAGACAUCCCACAGUGUUCAACUGCCACGAGUGAACCACUAAAUACUGAGUCCAACCAAGCACAAGUGAAGACCCCAGCCCCAGAAACGCCUUCAUCAGACACCCUGAACAGGAAGACUAGCAUGCCUGAGGACCAGGAUGACCACAAUCCAGAUGCUGCUCAGAUGUUUGCGCAUUCCCUGCAGCCUGACUUGAACAGCCAGGACCUGGGCGUGCACCCAGACAUUGGAGACAAAGAAUUAGAGGAGGAGGCAGAACCAGAGACCCUCCCGGCUGAUGAAAUCCUGGAGGGCCCUGCGACUGCCCCCUUGUCCAACCCUUCAUCAUCUUCUGUAACAGAAGACGAGGCGAGCGAUACCGAAGGAGAGGCUCAGCUGGACGUGGCCUCGAAGAUUACUCUGGUUGUAAACACAACCUUUGACAUGCAGCCCCUGACCCAGCGAAGUCUGUCCACCGUGGAGGAGGGAGAGGAGGCCGAGGCUGGAGCAGGUGAAGAAGCCACCCCACCCUCAGCGGCCUCGUUGACGUCCUACGGCUUUGACAGCGUCACGACAGCAUCGAGCUCCAACGCCCAGUCCACAGAGAGCUGCAUCAAGAGCCCCGGCAUCUUCUCCCUGGAGGAGCUCCCGGAGGAGGCUAAAGAUCCGUCCUUCCCUCAGCAGCCUCACACCCAGCAGUGUGACGCUGAGCAUCACUACAUCGACUGUGGGAAACGGGAAACGGAGGGAGCUCGGCACGUCGCAGAGGAAGUGUCUGCAUCGGACCCCUCCUCUGCUCUGAGCAACGAGCAGAGGUCAGAGGAAAUGCCAGAAGAUAUUCAGCCUCCGUACUAUUCUGCUAUUUGUGAAAAGACUGAGGACUCUUUUGCAGGCUUCACAGCGUUGCCUCACCAGCACCGCCGCGAUCACUCCUCGUACCCCCGGAUCUACUGCGACAUCGUCAAACCGCACGUCGCCGCCGUCCCCUCGGCCAAGCUGAGCUGCGCCGACCUCCCGCCCAGGAGCCCCGGGCUGCAGGCGAGGAGCCCGCAGCUCCGCAGGCUGGAGCAGCACCAGAGGCAACUGCUGGAGCUGCAGCAGCGCCGCGAGCAGCAGAGCCGGCCGCUGGAGGAGGCCGAGCAGGAGAGGAAGAGGAGAGCCGAGGAAGAGGAGAGGAGGAAGAAGGAGGAGGCGGAGGAAGAACUGAAGAGGAACAAAGAGGAGGCCAGGAAGAAGGAAGAGGUGAAGGAGCAGGUGAGGCGAGAGGAGGAGCUGCAGCAGCAACAGCAGGAGCUGAAACAGAGACAGCAGAUAAUGCAGUGGCAGCAGGAGCUGCAGCAGGCGGCUCUGCUGUCCCCCUCCUCUGGCCUCUGCACCAUAUAUGAAGCCCUGGAGAACAGUGAGGACGAGGACGAAGAUGAGCAAGAUGUCACGAAAGACGAGUUUAAACCAGCUGCAAACCACCAGACGAGCAGUGAAACGGAGAGGUCGGACGAGGACAGACACGGAGACUCUUCGCUGUCCGACAGCCUCCCUUCAGACUCCACCCAGUCUCCAGAGCGCCCCCCACCCCUGGACUUGGACUGGGGCAAGAAAGUGGACAUAGUCCAGCAGCUGAUCAAUCAGACGCUGCUGCUAAACGGAGACGGUUGCUCCUCCCUGUUGCUGCUGCCGGGGGGUGCAGGAGGAACUCUGAGCCCCCUGGAGAGCAGUUUGUGGCCCAGUCUGCUGCCCCCCCUCACCCCUCCCUCCGCUACCGUCACCUCCGUCAGCAGCUUCUCCCCGGAGGCCACCGGCAGCUCCCCUCAGGGGGAGUGGACAGUGGUGGAGCUGGAGACGCAUCACUGAGGGACCCACACUGUUUGCACUCACACACUUUGAACAACACACACUGAACAACACACACACACAC